AUGUCAACCACUACCACUGGUAAAAAAACACAAUACCGCCAUCCAAGUAUAAAUACAAUUAGUGUUAAUAGUUUAACUGAAAAUCUUUUAGCAGCACAGUCUAUCCAACAUUUUGAUGAUAAUAACAAUACAAGGCAAUACACCUCUCAACAAAAUAUGCUAUUCGAUUCUCCAAAAAACCAAAACCUAAAUGUUUCGAUCAUUAAAGAGAAAACUACCAAUAUGCCUUCAUUAUACGAUUCAAAAAAGCAACGAAAACCCGUUGAUGGAUCGUGUUUUAGUCCAAAAUCCUCUGGAUUAGACAUUAAGACAAUCCUUUUUUAUUUGAUUUUUUUAUGGGCUCUUGUUGUAUUUUUAUCUAGUUUAUGUGGAAUAGGACCUGUUGAUGAAGAAUUACUCUUUGUUAAGAAUGCUCCUAUUAAUUAUCAUAGUGCUGUGGCUAAUGAGACUAUGAUUAAUGAUGAUGAAGAAGAAGAAUCUCCUAUUGAAGAAAUUAAUGCAUGGGAAAGAAUUACACAAAGUAGUUGGGAAACUACGACUCUUUCUUUAAAUACUGACGUUGAUGACAACAAUAAUCUCGAUAUCGAUAUUACAACUGAUGAAGGUACAGUGGACCAAGAAAUUGAUAAAGAGAAUAUUGUUGAAAAUGAUCCGUCUAUUCCUGAAAACAUAAUCACCACUCAAAAUGAGAUUGUUGAUGUGAAGGCUAACCUUGAAUCUUCUGAUAAUUCAAUAAAUCUAACACAGAUUGGAGUAGCUAACAAACUUAAAAAAAAUAAAAAAACCAGAUAUGAAAUUGCAGGUGCUUUCAAUGAGGAUGAUAUUGUAUUUGAUUAUUCCAACUAUACAUACCCCAUUGUAGAACCUCAUUUUACUCAUAUUGAUGUUGUUGGGUCACUUUCAAUCAAAGAGCGCAGGGAAUUUGUUGCUUUACAAAGAAAUAUUAAUGAUGGUUUAGAUCAUUCUUGUGGAUCAUGGCAAGACAAAUAUACAACAUUACACGAGAAAAUUUUAAAUGGAACUGCACCUCAAAGAUAUGUUAGUUAUAUAUGCGAGGCUAAAAUAAACUGUGGUGGAUUGGCAGACCGUAUCCUCGGCAUGACAUCCACGUUUUUAUUUGCAUUACUUACAGAUAGAGCAUUUCUUGCAGACUGGCAAGUUCCUCUUCCACUUGAUACAAUUUUUGACUCAUCAAAUAUUGACUGGAGUUAUGAUUCUUUUAAUUCGGAUUACCUUACAAAAGAUCUUAAUACUACCGAAUUGAACAUUAUUGAUUAUAAUUCAAAACAUUUGGAUUAUCAUUUCUCACUUUCUAACUGGACAACAAGAUACCCAGAACCAUUUAUAAAAUUUUAUACAAACCAAGGGCUGAUACAGAGAGCUUUUGAUUCUAAAUAUUACUCAUCUAAAUUAAAAGAAAUGGGUCUAAGACCACACACUGCAUUUGGAUGUUUUCUAGAUUAUUUAUUUACACCAAUUCCGCCAGCACUAUCUUUUAUCACACAAUAUACAGCUUUAUUUGCGCUCCCAAAUAUUUUUUCUGUUGGUAUUCAUAUACAAGUUGGAGAUUCUUAUGAACAAUCACACCUAUUACAAGACUAUGGUUAUUUCUUUAAUUGUGCUGACCAACUUACACAAACUUAUGCUGCACCAGACCAAAAGGUGAUAUAUUAUCUUGUUACAGAUUCUCUUAAACUAAGAACAGAAGCAUACACAAAACUUGAACAUGUCAUAAUUUCUGGAUUACAGAUUGAUUCCGGUCAUGGUCAUUAUGAUCAGGCAAAUGGUGUAAUUAAUGCAAUAAUUGAAAAUUCAAUUUUGAGUAAAACAGAUUAUCGGGUGAUAUCACAAGGUAAUUUUGGUAAGCUUGCAGCUUUUCACUCAAAACAACUUCACUCUACAGUAUCAUUAUCUACAGCAGCUACAACAGGAACUAAAUUUUUAGAUUGUUCACGUGAGGAUAUAUUUACAACUUUCAAUCAAUUAGCUAAUGAAUGGUCAAUUAUUUAA